AUUUAAGAAGCAGCUGUGUAGUUGACGAACGUUUAUGCAAUAUACAAUACCGUUAGAUUCAAAAUGGGGAGAUGCACAAUAGUGCAUUCUCAGUAUAUGCUUGGUGUAUCCAAUAUUUUCUAAAAGCAGAAACUGUUUUGGUUUGGACUGGUAAUGACGUUUCAUCGAAAUAAGAUGAUGAUUUCUUUGCUUCUGUGAUCUUUCAAUUGAAAAAGACGGCUUCUGAAUUUAAACAUGUCAGAGCAGUAUUGUCGGAGUAUUCUGAGGAUAGCCCUGGCUCAGAUUUGUCAGAAUGUGGGGUGGAACUCUGCCCAGUCCACGCCCCUUGAGCUCCUUACUGAUGUCCUGGGACGCUACAUGUUACAGCUGGCUAAAGUCACUCACAGAUAUUCUGAACAGUUUGGAAGAACAGACCCUAACUUGGAUGAUGUGGGGCUGGCGUUCAGACAUAUGGGGGUCAGCAUCAGUGAGUUGGAGGAGUAUGUCCGCCAUGUGGAGCCGGCGCCCUUCCCUCACGAAAUUGUCCAGUUCCCUGCCCCCAAGAGCUGUAAUUUACAGAUUCCUAAACCGGGUCACAAAGAGUUACAGACCAGAGACGAACACAUUGAGGAUUACAUGCCCCUACUGUAUCCUACCCCAGAAGAUGAGUUGGACAAUGAGACAGAGAAGUCAAACGAUCAGGGAGAGGGGUCAGCGAUGCAGGUAGAUCAAGGUCAGAAUGGAGUCGGAGGUCAAGCAGAGGUCACAGAGGGAAGCAACCUCGUCGUCCCGGGAGACAAACGACCAAUGACUAGCCCACUGGAGGGAGGCUUGCCAAAGAAAAGACCAAGGUUGACAAAUGCAGCUUUGCCUGAAGAAGCUAUGCAUUCUCAGUAUGAGAUGAAGAGCAUUGCAAUCACACACACUGGGGACCUGACCCCCACCAAGGGAGGAAAACUGCCAGAUGCCAGGACCCCUCCCCAGGGAUUUAAGAAAGCUAGCCAUGACAAGCCCUCAGUUAGUAAGAUCUUCAGGAAAGAAAAGGUGGAUUCAAGACCCUCUACACCCUUAAGCCGGCCAGAAAAGGUGAUAGAGAGCAGUGGAGAAUCCCAGAGAGUGGAGGCAGUAGGAAAAGAGAGAGAGCAGAGAGUGGAGGAGAUCAUGAUUUAUCCAGAUGGAACUAGUAAGAAAAUUCCUCGACAAAAGGGAGGUGGGGAUGAAGUAUCGAACUCAGAGACUGUGUCAAAAUCUGCCUCUCUUCCUGCUUUAGAAGACAAAAUACCAGUCCCAAGUCCAUCAACAAAAGUUAUUCCAAAGAAAAAGAAAGUGGGUCGACCACGAUCUAGGUCAAAAUCUCCCAGGGCCCCAAAAUCACCAGGGCAAGGAAAAAGCCCUGCUCAGCCAGGAAGUAGCCCUCGGGGUCGAGGGAGGCCACCCAAGGACAAAACCCUGCUUAAAACUCCUGAGAAAAAGAAAGAGAGUAAAAAUAUUCCUGUUUUGUCUACGAUGGAGGAAAUGUUUGCCAGUGAUGUGUUGGACUUGUCCAGGAAACCAGCACCACCAGCUGCUUCUGCUAAGGAGAAUGUGGAGAAGAAACCAACUGAUGUGGAGUUACCUCUUGAUCUCAGUAGUAAAAGUAAGGAGAAGGCCAGAGGUAGGGGAAGGCCACCUCUAAGUCCCGAGAAGAAACGAGCCCGAGAAAUGAACAUUGAUCUUUGUAUUGAGGCUGUAUUGAAGAUGUCUAGAGAAGGAGAUUCUGAAGGGGGUGCAAUGAAGGAGAAAGAAGUUAAAUCAGAGAGGAUAGCAGAAGAGAUGUCAGAAUCAAACCAAGAGGACACCAAUCCGGCUAUUGAGGACAGCAUUGAUGCCCCUCCCUCUGUGACUGUGAAAAGAGAAAUGAUUGAGGAGGAGGCUGCAUCAUUUGACUUGUCUGAACAGAAGAAGAAAAAGAAGAAGGAGAAGACACCAAAACAGAAAGAAGAGCAUCCGAGUGAAGAGGUAAAAGACAAGCUGAAGGAUAAGCUGAAAGGGAAAGAUUUCGUCAGCGAGACGGUCAAGGCAGAGCCCCCGGAGGAGGAGGUCUCCAGACCCCCCAACGUGUACGACUUCCCAGAAAGUCCCCCCAAACCACCAGAACAAGUCAAAAAGGAGGUCACUCAGUCUCCACAGAAGAUGUUCAGUGUGGAGUUUGUGGAUAAAGAAGUGGAGAAUAAAGAGGGAGAGAAGGUCAAGGAGAAAAGCAGAGAUAAACCAGAGAAAGAAAGAUCCAAGGAACAUAAAGAGAGGAAAAAAGAAAAGAAGAGAGAUAAAGAAAAGAAGAAAAAGAAUAAAGAUAAAGAUAGAGACAGAGAGAGAAAGAAGGACAAAGAAAGAAAUAAAGAGCCGGAUUAUAUUCCCACUGUGUCUAAACUGAAGAUCAGGAUUGGCAGUUCUCCGUCCUCCACCACAGUAAAUUACAUGUCUGAGGGGUCCCUCAAAUCUCCCCCCAACGACAGCGCUCAGAACUCCCCCAGGCCAGAGCUCAAAUUAGUUAUAAAAGCAUUGCCUCCCUUGUCUGAGAGAGGCUCCGCUUCCCCUCAGUCUAUUGGUGGAUCUACUCCAAAACAGGGAGAAAGGGAGAGAAAGAAGGAAAAGAAAAGAGACAAAGAGAAGAAAAAAGAAGCCCCACCUGCCUCAACACACCCUCCUCCCAUCAAGCAGGAGAGCUUGGAUCAACCUCUGUUUGCUCCAAUUCCCAUCUCCAGACAAGAAACUCCUUUUUCAACCUCUUCCUCUAAAUCCCCUACUCCUCCCCCACCCAGAAAACCCUCACCCCCAGGGCUGUUCACCCCUUUCACCAAGACCCCAACACCCCCACCAAGAAAGACCCCAACACCUCCUCCUCCUCGGAAAACCCCAACACCACCCCCUCCAAGAAAAUCACCCACUCCUCCACCACCAAAAGUUCCAACCCCAGCCACCAAACCUCCUACCCCUGAGACUGACUUUGAACCUGACUCGGACCAUGAAACUGAGCCCAUGAAAGAGGAUGAAGAAGAGGUGCAGAGGUUUACACCCUCUCCUGCUUCAACCCGCAAAACUUUCACCCCCUCCCCCUCCAACUCUCCUCUCCGGUCCCCGUCUCCUGCAGAGGAGUCCAUCUCAUCCUAUGUGAGAUCUAAGUCCAACUCACAGUCCCCCGUUAGGACCCCCUCUCCAGGGCGAUCCCCUUCCCCCCAGCCCUCACCCCCACCUUCCCCCUUGCCCAGUCCAUACAGGGCCUCUGUUUCCCCGUCAAAUACCAAGCCAUCGACCCCUGGUCACAUGACCUCUAGGAGUCCCUCCCAUUCCCCAAGUCUCUCUCCUGUACCCCUUACCAUUAAGAGUGAGGUGAUCCCCCCAAUGCCCCCGCCAAGCAUGCCAGGCACCAGCUUCGCCAAACCAGGGGUUCAGAGGACAGUCAUCGCUGAAACAGUCACCACCUUCAUUGACGAUUCGGGUCAGAAGGUGUGGAUUUGCCCCGCCUGUAAGAUGCCGGACGACGGGAGUCCUAUGAUUGGUUGUGACAUCUGUGACGACUGGUAUCAUUGGCCGUGUGUUGGACUUAAAGAAGAACCUGCAGAAGAGGAACACUGGUACUGUUCUAAGUGUAUGGGGAGGAACAAAAAGCCCUCCAAACGGGGGCGGGGGAGAGGAAGGGGCAGGGGGCCAGGAAGGGGGAAGAAAAAGAUGAUGGGAUUCCCUUCUUUACAGAUUCGACAGAGAGAUAUGGCUGACAAUCGUCAGAUCUGUACAACACAUGAUUAUAUCUACAGAACCAAAGACCGAAUAGGCACGGGGGCAUUCUCCCAUGUUUACAAGGGGGUCAAUAAGACUACAGGUGAAAUAUAUGCGUUCAAAGUUCCCAGAAGCGGAAAUACGGCAGUGGAACAGGAGAGAGAGACACUUGCACUAACCACACUAGAACAUGUCAAUAUAGUCAGAUUAUAUGAUAUACAAACUGAGGUUGAUAGUAGAAGAACUGUUUUUGUAAUGGAAUAUUGUCCACGAGGUUCGGUACUCAGUCUGCUGGAGGAACCAGAGAAUCACAAUGGACUUCACGAUAACGACGUCAUCACAUUAAUCAGUAAUUUAGCAUCUGCGUUAAAAUACCUGACAACUAUGGGUUUUGUUCAUCGAGAUAUCAAACCCGGAAAUAUACUUGUCUCCGACACGGAACUAGGAAGGAAGAUUUUUAAAUUGAGUGAUUUUGGAUCGUCUAAGUACAUACAAGAAACGAAUGAGUACGAGUCUCUAACAGGAACAGAAGAAUACUUACAUCCUAUUAUUUACGAGCGGGCGUUUAUUGAUCGAGGGUUACGGGGGCGUUUUACCUCAUCAACUGACCUCUGGAGUCUUGGUGCCACCUUAGCUCACGUGAUUCUGGGAGAGGUCCCUUUCAAACCUUUCGAGGGAUCUCGAAAGAACCGAAACGAAAUGUUUAUAAUGAUCUCCAGAAAACCAAAUAAAGCGAUAUUUGGAAGACAGGGUACACCGAAUGGGCGGAUCCAAUAUUAUGACGUAAUUCCUCGUCACUGUAAUAUUUCUAGUGGAUUGAGGAAGCACGUGAUCUCCAUCAUCCGGGGUCUUUUGAGAGCAGAUUCAUCACAGUGGACACUUGAUACGUAUUGUCAUGAAGCUGGUCACUUGAGCAACCUGAAACUCCAUGUGGUUUUAGAAGCGCAAACUUUAACAUGUCACCAUAUUUAUACAGAAUCCUCUCGCACCAUAAACGGACUUCUGCAGUCUUUAUCAGAAGAAAUGGGCUUAGUCACAACAGAAAUAAAAUCUUGUAUUUAUUACCAUGGUCGUUUAUUAAGUGAUAUUGUUACAAACUCUAAUGACUUGGUGUCUGUUUUACCGAAAUCUUCAAAAGAAAGACCAUUUGUUUUAAUGUCCUCCAUAUUCAAGUCUUCUGAUUGGUCCAAUGCAGACUCUGUGAUAUCUUCUGUACAUCCCUGUCCGGACUCUGCCAGUGCUACUGAGGAGAGGAAGAAGGUCAGAGGUCAACUGACCACAGCCUGGACAUUCAUGUCAGUGACGGAACAAUUCUGUUCAAUAAUAAAUGCCCUUCGUCAGACCGUGCAAUACAAAAUCGAUUCCAUGGUUAAAAUAUGUUCAACGUUCGACAUAAAACUUGAAGCCUGUGAUGAACUGUUUUCUACAGACGCAGAUCGUUUGAGUUUGUGUCAGACACUCCCCUUAGAUCCGUCCAUGUCUGAUUAUGUAGAGAAAAGAAGACAAGCCGCUCUUCAAAGGAAAAUUCACAUAGGAAAACUUCGGCAGGAAAUCAAAUCAUUGUACACCAACCUAACGUCCACGAUCAAAUCACUCCAGGAUGAUACAUAUUGGAAUACAAAUGAAUCUAGAAUCAAUGACAUAAAAGAAAAAGCACUUCAUUACUUUCAUAAAAUGGACAAACUUUGGAGACAGGUGCGUGACAGGAAGUUAGGAAAUGUGAGCAUGGAAGAAAAUCAACUUAGAAUGGCAGAGCGACAUCACCUACAGGCUGUUUCUAGAUGUAUUACGUUAGAAUGGAACUCUGCAUUAAACCCUUUAAAGGAUGAUAUUGUUCAACAUAUACGAGCCUGGAUUAGGAACUACUUCAGCUGCCAGGAAAAACUUGGAAAUCUAGAGAAAUACUUCACAAGUAUAACCAAUAUACGAAAUAAAUUUACUGAAGAUAUAGUAUUUGUAUCUACAUAUUCACUGAAGCCAAAGCAUCUUCUAACAUCAGGGAAUGGGCUGACGGCAGGUAUUCUGAGUGAACAUAGAUCUAACACAGAAAGGUUGAUGAACUUGAUAUCAGACAUAAAGAUGCUGGCAAUGACAGAAGAGGACGUCCCUGAACUUAAAGGAGAUGACGACGUCUAUCUUUUUGGUUGACUCAGAACUAGACACGUGUUAUUCACGUGAUUCAAAUCGAACAUUUCCUCCGCCCCGGGUAUGGAAAACCAGAAAAAUCACGUAUAGAUCAUUGGUAGGGCUCACUGACAAAUAACAAGACAAGAAAAGGUCAUAUAAAGGUGGAUAACUGUGGUUGUGUUAUUCAGGGAAAAUCAUAACACCGUCGCUCUUUAAUUACACUUUACAAUUAGGAAUAGAUUUGGUAGACAAACUUGUUUGAAAAAUCUACUCAUAAUAAAUCAAUU